UUUAGUUAUAAAUUGCAAUCAAGAAGCCAGCAAUACUUUUAAAUACGAUGAUGAUGCUAGUGGUCUUAUUGGUGACGAUAGCAGCAGCAGUACACACCAAUGAAGGGCAGGAAGCCAAGCUAUUGAAUUAUGAUGCCCAAGACUCCCACCACUUUACUGACGCUGAUGAAAUGGGACGGGCAAGUCGUCGACAGUGGGGAUCGGUUGGACCUGACGACAGACUAAUAUCCACCACUGUUCAUACGAUGGAGGCUCUUUCCUUCUUCAUUAACUACCAAGAAGUUACCUACCGGGGACUUGAAAAUACUAAUAUAACAAUGAUUCGUACUACAGAACCCUGGGGCUCUACUGAAGUGGUCUUGCUGGACGGUGGUCUAUACCAUAAUUUUGUGACACUAGGGUUCAAGUCUGAACGAUCUUCAAGUAUGACUAAUAUGGCCAUCGAUAUUUUUGCGACUAUAAACUGUUCUAAUAAUUAAAUAAAAUAUAAGUAAGUACAGUAA